AUGCUUCUUCGAUUCGUUGUCCUUUUUAUUGUUGCUUUAUUGGCUCUUGCCAGUUCAUCAGAUGCUCCACCACCACCACCACCAAAUGGAACUGAAAUGGAACCACUAUUAGGAAAUGGUACAGAACCUGCUGGGCCACCACCACCACCAAUGGAUGGAAUGAAUGGUACAGUAGUCCAGGAGAAUGGAAAUAAAACAGGAGGAGUUAUGGAUUGGAUCAAAUCGAAGCUUGGAAAGUAA